AUGGAGGACGCGGGUUCUCAGCGCCCUCGCUUCGUGCAGGCCUUCAUCGCGCCGCCGGACACGGAGCGUCUCGUGAGCGAAACCGCGGCCUUGAAGACCAAGCUUCGGAACACUGAAGCGAAAGCGAAGGAAGCGAAGCGCUUGGAGGAACACUGGAGGAGCGAGGUGCGAGGUAAGGAGGAUUUUUUGGACGAGUCGCUGGACCGCAUUGACGCGUUGGAGGAGCAAGUGAAGGUUCUGAACGACACGGCGACAGUGGCGGCGGCGGAGAUGGCGACGACGAAGAAGCACGUGGAGCACCUGGAGGGCGAACUGCACGCGACGAGGAAGAAGUUGGAGGACAACGAGGAAAAGUUGAAGACGACAGAGGAAAAGUUGAAGACGACGGAGGAAACUCGUGACGAGCUCGACGAGAUGCUUAACUGUGAAAGGGAGGCUUGCGACGACUUGAAUUACGAACGGAUCCGAAAGGACAACCGGAUACGAGCGCUCGAGAGAGCGCUCGCCGAGACGAAGGAACACCUGAACACGGUAUUUCCACCGGAGCGCGCGGGACCGUUUGUCGACGUCUCCGCGGACAUUGCGUCGCUCGUCUUCACGCGUAUCACUGAUCCUGUCGACCGCCACAGGCUGUCGGUCGUGAGUAAAGUGUGGCUGGAGGCUUCGAAGCAGCAUAAUUCGCUGCCGGACGUCGACGGGCUGCGCGCGCUCGCGCUGAGGUGUCAGGAAAGAGCGAGGAGGGACGCGGAUCUGGCAGAAGAGCGCUACGAUUUCGAUGAUGAUGAAACCGCUCGCGCUCGUUUGUUCGAACGCACGUGCUUCCAGGAGGCGAUAGAAUGGUGGAAACAGGCGGCCGCUCGGGGCAGCGUCGAUGCCGCGCUUUGUGUGGGAUUAUGCUUCCACAAAAAGUGCUACGAAGAUGAUUUCUUCGUAGGUGGUUCGUUCGAAGAGGUGUUCGAAGACUUCUAUACUCGAUCGGGGCGGCUUGAAGGAACGUAUGUCCAAGCCCUCGCGUGGUACGAAAAGGCGGCAGAGCGCGGACACACCGAGGCUGAGUACAUGGCCGGGCUCUGGUACAUUGGUGAAGAUCUGGAUAUGGCAAAUAACAGCGACGAGGAGGUUAAAGGGUUUAGAUGGCUUCAGAAGGCUGCGGCGAAGGGUCACACCAAAGCUGAGUACAUGGUCGGGGGUUGUUACCACUGCGGUUGCGGCGUGGAGGAAAACCGCGUCGACGCCGUCGCGUGGUACCGGAAGGCGGCGAACAAGGGAUACGAGCCCGCAUUCAGUGCGCUCGAUCUCAUGGGGGAGUGGGAGGAGGACGAGGACUAG